AUGGAAGAAUUCAUUGAUAGCUGUCGCAUGUGUCUCGAAAGCAUAGGCAAAUUUGUUAGUUUGGAUUCUGAACUUGAUUCUACAACUCCAACCACUUCCUAUCUAGAUGCCUACAAUUUUUGCACCAAUCUCGAUGCCGACUUAAAUGAUUCCUUUCCAAAUAUAAUUUGUGAAAUGUGUGCUAUUAAUUUAACAUUUGUCUUUCAAGUUCUUCAAAAAGCAUUUGAAUCUGAUCAAUUACUUCGAGAUGCAAUCAAAAACAAAAAGCUUGUAGUGAUUGAGAAUUAUUCUGAUUGUGAAGAUGAUCAAGAAUUUAUUCAAAAAGAUUAUGAAGAAGAAGAGGAACCGAAACAUGACUUAAAUCUUGAUUUAUAUGAAGAAAAUGAUUUUGUUAUUGAGGAAGAGCAAAACAACGAAGAUGAAGAGGAAGUCCAUGAUUUUGAAACUGAAAUUGAAGAAAGUGACGAAAAGGAUUCACUUAAAAAGGAAUUGAUAGUCAAGUCAGAAGAUGAUGAGAGCCAAGAAACUACCACCAAUAUUGAAUUUACUUGUGAAAUGUGUGAAGAAGGUUUCUCAGCUCUGGAAGACUUGUCACAGCACUAUGCCAUGAUGCAUGAUGAAAAUACAGAAUGCAAAGAAUCCCCAACACCUCCUAUUAAGGAUGAUUCGGAGGAAAGUUCCUGCUUGAAUACGGCUCCAACGCAAAAGCCUGCAAGAGAUCCGCCUGUGAAAACUUGGUGCUGCGAAAUAUGUGGCAAGUUUUUCUCAACAAAACAAAAACUUACAUACCACAAUCUUGUCCACACCAAGGAAAAGAACUACGCUUGUAGUUUAUGUCCAAAACGCCAUUCAACAAUCUUUCGACAUCGAGAUCAUAUGAAAACCCAUGCAAACAUUCGCAACUACGAGUGCGAAUACUGCAAGGAAAGAUUCUUUUCCAAAAGCAUAUUGGUGUGCCAUCGAAGACGCCACACAGGCGAACGUCCAUACAAGUGUGAUAUUUGUGGAAAAGCAUUUACUCAAGCCUCGAUCAUGAAAACGCAUGCUGCAUUGCAUACUGGCAAAACAGUGGCAUGUGAUUUGUGUCCAAAGAAAUUCACACGUCCUUCGCAUUUGAUAUUACAUCAACGGAGUCAUACGGGAGAACGGCCAUAUAUGUGUACAAUGUGCCCGAAUCGUUAUAGUCAGAAAAGUCAUUUGGAUCGUCAUCUGGACACGCAUAUGGGAGUUAAGCAUACUUGUGAAGUAUGUGGUAAGAGCUAUACGAAAAAGUCAUCGCUGAAUAAGCAUAAGUUUGUCCAUGAUACCAAUAAAUCAUUUAAAUGUGAUGAGUGCCAAUUGGAAUUUGCAACGAAAGACAGAUAUAACCGCCAUAUGAAGAACACCCACAAAAAUUCAAAAAAAGAAGAAAUAGAGCCAAAAGAUUUUGAUAUAAAAGAUAAAAUACUUUAACGAACAUUUUACUUUGUUUCAAAACAAAAAACAAAUAACUGUGAGUGGAUGAUCCUCAGGUUCACACCUAUAUUUCCAGAAAGAAAAAAUAAAUAAAUUGUUACAAAUUUUAAU